AUGAGUACAGACUUCCAAAAACUCCUUUUUGGCAUUUCUGAGGCUUUGGUCACAGACGAACUGGCAGCUCUGAAGUUCCUCUGCCUGGAGUACAUCCCCAUGAGGAAGCUUGAAGCCAUCAAGGAGCCCAAGGCCUUCUUCGAAGUUCUGCAGGAGAAAGACAUGAUUGAGGUGGGGAACCUGUCCCUCCUGAAGGAGCUGCUUUACCGGAUCGAUCGGAUCGACCUCCUGGCUGCCUACCUGAGCUCCAGCCGAGAGGAGAUGGAGAGAGAGCUUCGGAUCCCAGGCAGGGCAAAAGUGUCAGCCUACAGGCAACUGCUAUACAGAAUUGCAGAGGACUUGACUCCAGAAGAUGUCAAGAGCGUGAAGUUCCUGCUCCAAAAACGAAUACCAAAGAAGCAGCUCCAGGAUAAUGCUUCAAUGUUGAAGGUCUUCCUGGAAAUGGAAAGAAAUGGGUUAAUUAAAGAAGAUGACCUGGAAAUGCUGAAAUAUAUAUUUAAAGGAUUUAGAGCUGACAUAAAGAAAAAAAUUGAUACCUAUGAAGAAAACAAAAAAGAAAAUGAUUCUAAGGAAAAACACUAUCCAUUGUCUGUAUCUGUGUGUCCAGCAGGACAAGGAGCAGAGGGGGUGACACCAAGCCUGCCUGCAGAGUCAUAUAAAAUGAAAAAUAACCCCCAUGGUUACUGUGUGAUUCUUAAUAACUACAUUUUUAAAAAUCCGUUUGAAAUCAGAGAAGGAACAGUGAAAGAUGGAGAGGCUGUGAAGAAGGUCUUUGAGUGGCUUCAGUUUGAGACAGUUGAGCACAUGGAUCUAGAAGCAAAGAAAAUGUAUGCAAAAGUUAAAGAAUAUAGCAAAAAAGAUCAUAGUAACAUGGACUGCUUUGUUUGCUUUAUUUUUUCCCAUGGUGAAAAAGACAAAAUAAAAGGCAGUGAUCAUGAGUUUGUAAAUAUUAAAGAUUUAGUAUCCUGCUUCAGUGGAUCUAAUUGUCCUUCCCUUGCUGGCAAACCCAAGCUGUUUUUCAUCCAGGCUUGCCAGGGCUCUGUAGGUCAACCAGCUGUUGCAGUAAAAGAAGACUUUUCUGGCCAUCUUGAGGUAGAUGCUACGCCUCUGACUUCCAUUCCUGAUCAGGCUGAUAUUCUGGUUGGCAUGGCUACAGUGGAGGACUAUGAGUGCUAUCGCUGUACAAAAACUGGCAGUGUUUAUGUUCAGUGCCUCUGUGACAAGAUGAAGUCGCUUUGCCCACUUGGCAAGGAUCUUCUAACCAUCCUGACAGAAGUGAACAGUGAAGUGGGAGGAAGAGUAUUAAAUGGAUGCAAGCAGAUGCCAAAGAUAACAUCAACCCUACGGAAGAAACUGAUCUUCCAAAUUCCACAAUGUCAGUCAGUUGAAAAGUAG